UCACUUUAGGUGUACACUUAAUUUGAUGGUCCCAUUGCACCCACAGUCUUGAGAAUUUGAAUUAAAAAAAAGAUUAGAGAUUAAGAUUACUAGAUCACAAAAAAGAAAAAAAAAGUUCUGGACUUUGUCUCGAGUUGGACUUUGUGCUGCUGAAGGCUUAAGAAAGCAAACGGUGUUGUAAAAGCAGCAGUUUGGAGUCAUGGGCGUGUGGAGUACACUGACCGCGCUGCUCCUCAUCACACACAGCGUGUGCAGCCAAACCAGCGUAAGAUGGUGUGCAAUUUCCCCAAACGAGCUGGAGAAGUGCAAUGCCAUGGCAGCAGCGUUCAGCAGCGCCUCUAUCCGGCCUACGCUGCGCUGUGUCCUCGCAAACUCAGCCACUGAGUGCAUGCAAAAACUCAAGGAAAAUGAAGUCGAUGCAUUUUCUACCAGUGCCAAGGACGUCUAUGAUUUUGGAAAGGAAAUCCAAUUCAAAAUUGCUGCAGCAGAGUCCAGUUCUGAUAAUGUAGGAACAUCGUAUUAUGCAGUUGCUGUGGUGAAGAAGACGAAUUCAUACAUUAACAUCAACAACCUAAAGGGGAAGAAGACAUGCCACACUGGGAUUGGGCGUACAGCUGGGUGGAACAUGCCCAUAGGCUAUCUGAUCGACGGGGGAAAGAUGUCUGUUAUGGCCUGUAAUGUGACACAAGGAGUUGCAGAAUUCUUCAACGCUAGCUGCAUUCCUGGAGCAAUAGGUCAGGCUCCGUCUCUGUGCCAGCUCUGUGCAGGAGAUGGAUCUGGAGAGCAUAAGUGUGAAGCAAGCAACAAGGAGAAAUACUACUCAUACAAUGGAGCCUUCAGAUGCCUUGUUGAGGAUGCAGGAGAAGUAGCAUUUGUUAAGCACACCACAGUUGGUGAAAACACUGAUGGAAAAGGGGACAUUUGGGCGCAGGGUCUCAAGUCUGCUGACUUUGAAUUGCUCUGCUCAGAUGGAACGCGGAGUCCUGUUUCAGAUUACACACGCUGCAACUUGGCCCGAGUGCCAUCCAGAGGCAUUGUGGUCCGCUUUGACAUGGACAGGUCUGCGAUAUAUAACAUGCUUAAAGAGGGACAGCAAAAGUCUAGCUUCCCUAUUUUCUCCUCGAUUGAAUUUGACGGUGAAAAUCUAUUGUUCAGUGACAAAUCUACAAGCUUUAUCCAUGCUGAGCAUGAGGACUACAUUGCUUGGAUGGGACGAGAAUACUAUAACAUAUUGAAAGCUAUGGACUGCAAUGAUGUCCCUGAGACCCUGACCUGGUGUGUGCUGUCCUUUGGUGAGCAGCAGAAAUGUGGAGACAUGGCUCUAGCCUUUAAAAAAAAAGGACUCGCACCAAACAUCCAGUGUUUAUAUGGAACAUCCGUGGAGGACUGCAUGGAGAAAAUAAAGAACAAGGAGGCAGAUGCCGUCACGCUUGAUGGAGGCUAUAUCUUUACUGCAGGAAAAACGUAUGGCCUGGUGCCUGCUGCAGGCGAAAGCUACACGGGGGACAGUGAUGGCAGUAUCUACUACGCUGUGGCUGUCAUAAAGAGAAGCAAUAGAGACAUCCAAAGAUACAGUGAUCUGAGGGGCCGGACAUCGUGUCACACAGGCUACGGCAGGACUGCUGGCUGGAACAUUCCAGUAGGCGUGCUUGUUGAGAAAGGCCUUAUCAGGGUACAGAAGUGCCAGGCUGCUCAAGCUGCUGGAGAGUUCUUUAGAGCAAGCUGUGUACCAGGUGCCAAUCAGCCUGGAUUUCCCAGCAACCUUUGUACCCAGUGCAUCGGAGAUGCCAAGGGCCAGAACAAGUGUGUUAAAGGCCAGGAUCUCUUUGAUGGUUACAACGGAGCCUUCAGGUGUCUGGUUCAGGAAGCAGGCGAGGUUGCAUUUGUGAAACAUUCCACCGUUUUCCAGAAUACUAAUGGUAAUGGUACAGAUCCUUGGGCCCUCAACUUGAACUCGAAAGAUUUUCAACUGCUGUGUCCUCAAGAGUCUCGUGCUGAAGUCAGUCAGUAUAAACAGUGUAACCUUGCUCGUGUCCCCUCCCAUGCUGUAAUGGUUCGGCCCGACACCAACCCUCACAUCAUCUUUGGUCUUUUGGACAAAGCUCAGCAAUUCUUCGGAAUCAGCACUAACACAGACUUCAAGAUGUUUGACUCCAGUCAAUAUGAGGGAUCGGAUCUGAUCUUUAAAGACUCCACAGUGAGCAUAAUUGGUGUUGGUGAGAAAAAGACCUAUGAGGAUUGGCUUGGCCAGAGCUACAUGGAUGCGCUGUUAGCCAUAGAAUGCGAUACCUCUUCAGCAGUGGUAUCUUCAGCCUCUGUACUCCUGGUGAUCAGCUUGGCUGUGCUCUUCUCUUUAUUGGUUGCGUAGUCAACUGAACGGCCCCUCAAGGCAUCCUCAGCUAUUUCUCUACUUCAUCACGAUUGUUUUUAUUAUAUAUAUAAUAUAUAUGCAAGUCUACUGUAGCAUAGCUACUGUAAAUUAUAAUCACAGAGUUCUUUAACAUCAAAAAGCUUACACACUUACACUUUGAUGUAUAUUCUGACAAUUUAUCAAAACCAAUUAACAUAAAUCAGCAUUGCUUUUGAUGUAAAAGGGGUGUUUCAAUCAAACCAGGAAUUUAGAUUGUGCAAAAUAACAAAACACAGUUAUGAGAUUAAAACCUUUUUUAUUUCUCUAUGAUCCCCUCUACACUAAUGCACUUAUCCCAGCGUUUCACUAAUGCGUCAAUCCCAUCAGGUAGAACGUUUUCUCAGUAUGCCAGAGCCAUGAUCAGACUAGCUGCUUCAUGUUCUAAAUGCUGGCCUCCCAGGAACUCCUUUAAUGACCCAUACAUAUGGAAAUGGCUUGGAGUGAGGCCAGGACUGUACGGGGAAUCUGGGCAUAAUGUUUUGCAUUAUAAUGUUAUAACUGAUUGGUGUAUACAGUAUGUAUGCUACAUAAAGAAACUGUCUAAAAUGACAUUAGAUUAGCACACCUUAAAAAUUUUGCACUCAUUUAUCCAUAGUAAAGCCAUUUCUCUGUUUAUUCUUUGUACAGAUUAAUCGGCCAUCUGCUGGUAAUCUUGAAACUAGACAUUAAUGUAGAACUUAGCGUGGAACUUGCACUUCUAAACUGUUUUGUAAAGUAAAAGCUCUUUGAUUGUUAAAACGAUUUUGUGAGACUAGGGUGCCCAAACUUUAGGUGCAUUUUCUUAUAUUGACAACAAUGAUUUCCAUUUUUUUUUGUCUUUGUUGAAAAUGUAUCACUGCACAAAGACUUGUAGUAGUGCUCAGAUACCUGAGGGCAACAGCCAUAUCAGUGUAUAUGCUUUGCCUGUUACAUAUUUAUUGACUUCAGUGUUCUGUGAAUGUCUCUUUUUUAAUUAUGUACUUGAAGGCACAUGGUGUAUUAGGGAAUAUGCACAUUCUAGCCAGUCUAGUAUACAUUAGUGUAUCAUUUAUAAGUAGAAAAAGACAAACUUGAUUUGCUUGUUUUGCCUUAUGUUUCUCAUGGUUAUAUUUUCCUUUUGCCAUUUGAGAAUCUAAAUUCAGGAUCAUAUUUUCAAUGCAACUCUGUGUUUAACUCUAUGUACUGAUUAGAAUUAAUUUGCAACAGAAUAAAGCAAUACAGAUUUUAGUUAUACAUUUUGCUGCAGGAGAAUGCAUUGAUAUUGCUAUGUCAUUAAUUGUUUAUGCCUAAUGAGAAUAACUUAAUAAUAACUUAUCGACAAUUAUCUAAAUUUAGCACCUUCUCAUCUUUAAUGUUCGUACUAUCUGCUGCAAUUAGAUAAGACAAAUCUAGAUUACUCCUUCAGUUACUCAUUAGCUCAUGAAGACCCGCACUCAUUGAUGCAUUUGUUUGAUUUUAACCAAGAGAUGUAUUUUUAUACAAUGUUCAGUUACCAUAUCAGUGUAUACAUAUGUAAUGAUUCUUGCUUUGAUGUAUUGCGAUUUUUUCAAUGAAAUGAUGCAUAUGUAACUAAUAUUUAGUUGCCAGGCCAGUGAGUCUGCUAAAGUAUUAUUACAUGUUGCCCACAUAGGGUUCUUUGCUGUUCUUUUCAAUAAACAUGCACAUC